AGGUUGAUUAAAUAAAGGCUAUGGUAUGUCACCAAAGAAAAAACGGGGUUUACUUCACAUAAUAUUUAAACAUUCUCCAAAACCACAUUUGUUUGUGAUUAAAAUGAACAGCACGCCAACCAAAAUCGGUUGUUGGUCCCGUAUGUCAUGCUUUAACUGAGGCUGAAAUUCAUAAUUUUGAUAGCUCUACGAUUUGACCAGCAGAGGGCAGCAGUGCCCGCCUCCAGACUACCCUUCUCUGCCGAAGAAGACAUCGACGUCGCACUGUAACGUACAUACAGCGACCGGAAAUAGCACGUGAGGGUGAUUUACUCUACGUGGUAAUAGAGUAUAGUAUUUUUAGUGACUGUUUUGAUAUACACAGCUCAUCAAAAUAGCUAUCAAGCAGCGGAGAAGGAGGUACAUCAGAAAUGGGUGACUUUUCGUCGCUGGGGCUUUCAGACUGGUUGAUUAAACAGUGUAAACAGCUGGGGAUCAACAAACCAACUCCUGUCCAGGAAAACUGCAUGCCAGCUAUCCUAGAAGGUCGGGACUGUAUGGGCUGUGCCAAGACUGGAAGUGGGAAGACAGCAGCGUUUGUGCUGCCAGUGGUGCAGAAACUGUCAGAGGACCCAUAUGGCAUCUUCUGUCUGGUGCUCACUCCUACCAGGGAGCUGGCCUAUCAGAUCGCUGAGCAGUUUCGAGUCCUGGGGAAACCUCUGGGUCUGCAGGACUGCAUCAUUGUUGGUGGAAUGGACAUGGUGAGCCAGGCCUUGGAGCUGACCAACCAGCCACACGUGGUCGUUGCCACACCGGGUCGACUGGCUGAUCACAUUCGCAGCUCCAACACCUUCAGCAUGAGCAAGAUCCAGUUCCUGAUUUUGGAUGAGGCUGACCGACUCCUGGAGCAGGGCUGUACUGACUUCACCAAAGACCUGGAGGUGAUUCUGGGGAUUCUACCGCCUAAACGACAGACACUGCUGUUCAGCGCCACACUCACUGACACGCUUCAGGAGCUGAAGAACAUCGCCAUGAACAAACCUUUCUUCUGGGAGAGCACGUCGGAAACACGAACAGUGGAGGAGCUAGACCAGAGGUAUAUCCUCACCCCUGAGAAGGUGAAGGACGCCUACCUGGUCCACCUGAUCCAGACAUUCACUGAUGAGCACGAUGACUGGUCCAUCAUCAUCUUCACUAACACAUGCAAGAACUGCCAAAUUCUUACCAUGAUGCUGCGGGAAUUUAACUUUCCAACGAUCUCUCUGCACUCCAUGAUGAAACAGAAACAACGAUUUGCAAACCUUGCCAAGUUCAAGGCCAGUGUCUACAAAAUCCUGAUUGCAACAGACGUAGCUGCCAGGGGUUUGGAUAUUCCAACUGUCCAGGUCGUCAUCAACCACAACACCCCCGGCCUUCCCAAGAUCUACAUCCACAGAGUCGGACGAACAGCAAGAGCAGGAAGGAACGGCGUGUCCAUCACACUGGUGACGCAGUACGACAUCCACCUAGUCCACUCCAUUGAAGAACAGAUUAAGACGAAGCUAAAGGAAUAUCCCGUGGAGGAGAAAGAAGUGCUGAAGAUCCUCACGCAGGUCAACGUGACCAGACGGGAGUGGGAAAUAAAACUUGAGUCAACAGACCUUGAUGAGAAGAAGGAGAUCAAUAAGAGGAAACAACUGAUUCUGGAGGGGAAGGAUCCAGACCUGGAGGCCAAGAGGAAAGCUGAGCUUGAGAAGAUCAGAAGCCAGAAGAAGAAAUUCAAACAAAGAAUCCAGGAGAGCAUCCAGAGACAGAAACAUGGACAGCUGAAAAAAAAACUGAUGAAGAGAAAGCAGAACAAAACGAAACAGGCAAAGGUGUGAAAACCUCUACUUGUAUACAUACAUGUUUUGGUGCAAUAUGUUUUAUAUUUGUCAGCAUCUGGAAAUAAACUUCAAACAA